AGCCGCUCGUUGGCGACGCUGUAGGUGGCCAUGGCCCCGCGCGCGCCGGCCCGGCCCGGCCCCUCUCCGCGCAUGCGCCGCCCGGGCUCCGCCCCUUCCCCCACCCCGGCGCUACAUCUGCUCCGGGCGGCGCACGUGACCCGGAAGCGAUGGAGGGGGCGGGGCCAGACCCAGGCUGGAGGAGCCACGUGCGCCGGGAGCUGGAGCGGCGCGAGCGCGAGACGCGGCGGCUGCGGGGCCUGGUGCAGAGCCAUGAGAAACUCCUGCAGCGCAGGGAGCUGGAGCGGCUGUUGGCAGAGAAACUUCAGCUGGAGCCCGGGACCCAGGAAUCCAGGACCCCCCUGGAGCUGGCAUCCCUGCAGCUGCAGCAGGCGGUGGAGCUGGCGGAGCUACGGGGGGCUCAGGAGGAGCUGGCCCAGAGCGCGUCCCACCUGCGCGACGCCCUGAAACGCAGCGAGGCCGAAUGCCGGGAGCAGCGGGCCAGGGCGGGGCGCUGUGCCCGGGAGCUGGCGGGGCUCUCGGGGCGCUGCCAGGAGCUGCAGGCCCGGCUGUGGGAACGGGGCCAGGAGGCCGAGGGGCUGCGGGCGGCGCUGGGGGCGGCGCUGCGGGCGCGGGACCAGCUGGAGGCCCGGUGGGUGCAGGAGAAGCAGCUGGAGGCGCAGAGGGUGAACGAGGCCAACGCCCGGGAGGAAAGGUACCGGAACCAGGUGUCUCGGCUGCACCAGAAGCUGGAGAGGCUGCGGCUGGGAGGAACGGCUGGACCCCCCUGGCUGGGCGCGGAGCUGGUGACGAGUGAAAACACGUCCUGCGAGGAGCUGCAGGCAGCAGUGGGGCUGGGUGCCGGGGGCAGCUCAUCCCCUGGGAGCGGAGGAGAACCGGAUGGCGAGGGACCAGAUCCGGUGCCCGGACCCGCUGCUGAGCUGGACGGAGCCGCCCCCUAAGUGGCUGCAGCGGGGACCCCCCGUUCCUGGGAGCAUUGGGGUGUCCGCGUGUGUCGGGCUCCAGAUCUGCCCUGCCCCCCCCCAUUCCCACAAGGCUCAUUCACCCGGCCCUUGUAUGCAAACGCUGCUUCCUGCUCAUGUCUAGAUUUGAAUAUG